AUGACUGCAUGUUUAAUAGAAAUGGAAUCAGCAGAAAGUCAAUUAAAAAGAAGAUUAUCUAUGGAAUCAAUUGAUUCUAAUUUAUAUUCUUCAACAUCUAUUUCAUCUGAAUCACCAAAAGAAAAUGUUAGAACAUUAUUUGUCUCUGGACUUCCUUUUGAUACAAAACCUCGAGAACUUUAUUUAUUAUUUCGUGCCUAUCCAGGUUAUGAAAAUUCACAAUUAAAAAUAACAUCAAAAAAUGGAAAAACUGCUUCACCUGUAGGUUUUGUUACAUUUUCCUCAAAAAGUGAAGCAGAAGAAGCUAAAAGACAAUUACAUGGGGUAAAAUUUGAUCCAGAUAGUAAUAUAACAUUAAGACUUGAAUUAGCUAAAGCUAAUACAAAAUCAACUAGAUCAAAAUUACAGUUACCUUCACCUACAGCUCUUAUAAUGCCAUUACCUGGUUCUAUUAAUAAUACUAAUGCUGGAGCUGCUUAUGCAGCUGCUGUAGGUUUAUAUAAUCCUCAAUCAACUACCAUUUCAACAUCACCAUAUACAUUGUCAACACCACUUAUUGGACACUCUGCAACAGGAUUAUAUUCAGAGUUAAAUGGAUAUGAUAUGGGAUUACUUACAAAUGGUGAUCCAAAUGCUAAUAUUUUAUUUUCAUCAUUAACAAAUCUUCCACCAACAUUAGGAUAUUACUCAACACAAACUGUUGGUGGUGGUAAAUCACAAAGAAGUUCACCUAAAUCAAAUAUAACUAUAUCUCCACAUUCUCAUGUUUCACUUGCUGCUGCUAUUGCUGCACAAAAUUCUGUUGUUGCACAGGCUGCUGGAGGUACUUUUUAUCCAUCUAAUGCUUAUUCACAAAUGCCUGUUAAUAAUCCAUGUUCUACACUUUUUGUAGCUAAUUUACCUGGUAAUGUUAAUGAAGAUGAAUUAAGAUCUCUAUUUAGAGGUUUUCCUGGAUUUUUAAAAUUAAAAUUAAAUAUAAAAAAUAGCAAUAAUAAUAAUAAUAAUAAUAAUAAUGGUAAAAGUAAUGAAAAUACAAUUCCAAUGAAUGCAGUAGCAUUUGUAGAGUAUGGUGAUAUACGACAAGCAACACAAGUACUUCAUUCAUUACAAGGUUUUAAAUUAACUAAUUCAGAAAGAGGAGGAAUUCGAAUAGAGUAUGCUAAAACAAGAAUGGGUGAUAUAAACUCACACUAA